AUGUCGAAGAGCACUACGGAGGCAGAGACCGCCUCGGCUCCUGUCCUCGCCCCAGAGGCUCUGGAUCGCGCCGCAAAUGCCCUCCGGCGAUCCGUGGAGGGCAGCACCUCUGCCUUCCUGUACCACGCCGUGUGCACCCUGGUCUUCUGCCGGGUCUGGCUCUGGCACCUGACCCCCCAGGCAGCCGCGCUGCCGGGUGCCCAGGGCUUUGGCUGGUUCUUCAGGUACCUCACCUUCUGCUCAUUCACCCUACAAACCAUCCUCUUCUUCUCGUCCUGCCUGUCUGAGCUGGUCAAGAGCCAGGAAACCAGGACGCGGCUGCGCGCCGCCACCAACAACCUGGGCUGCGCCCUCUUCCCCAUCGCCAACACCGUCACCCUCAUGUUUUACGCCGUCGAGAAUGCGACAAAUGGCCUGGUGGAGCGCGGCGGCUUCAACCGCCCCGACUGGCUCGACUUCUCGGUUCACUCCGGGAACAGCCUGGCGGCCUGGGGCGACAUCCUGCUCUCCCCCCACCGCGACUUUGCGCCCCAGGCGCGCAGCCUGGCCAUCGCGCUGGCCCUGGCCUACUCUGCCUGGUGCCUGGUAGUGCGCGCCGGGUACGGCAAGUUCCCCUACCCCCUCCUGAACAAGCUGCCCCUGGCAUACGGCUUCUUUGGCUUCUGCGUGGCCGGCACCUCCCUAGUCCUCUUCUUCUUCCAGGUGGGGGCCGUGGCGAGGUGGAGCCUGCGCCGCCGGCGGUCGCCUGCGCGCCCGGUGCCGACCAAGAAGACCGACUGA